AUGUUGUCGAUGGUAAGCAGUUCCCAGAGCGUCGGUACAACUGCCCCGAGCAAGGCUGACCCGAGCAGCUCAAGUUCAAGUGCCAGCAUGAAUGCAGGAGAUUCAGUCGCCCAUGUCAUCGCGAGCUUGGCUCACAGUGGAAGUAGCAGUCCGCAGGAGUCCGAAUGUCAUUUAUACGACGCGCUGCGUCUCCAUGACCCAUUGGAUCAAUCACGGGAAGACCAGGUUACUUCAAAUGGGACCAUGUAUCAUCAUCAUCGUCCAAGUGUCAGUGCGGCCAGCAAGGCUGCUGCGGUGCUCACCGCAGUGUCUCGUGCUGGAAGGCUUACUGCUGCUACUACAGCACCAAAGAAGCGGUCAACAAAAUCCAAGUGCUCCCCAGGCUUGCGAAGCGGAAAAUGGACUUCAGAGGAGGAAGAUUUUACCAACAUGAUCAUCCACUUCUUCAAGCGCGGGUUGUUGGAUGUAGAGGAUGGUACUUCACUGCGCUGGUAUCUCGCAAAGCGUCUGAACUGCGAGGCUAUGCGCGUGACCAAGAAGCUUAAGGGCAAUAGCUCCAUCGGUAAGCAGGUAUUCCGAGCCGUGGAAAACAAUCUCGUCAACCGCCAGGCCAUCCGACUCGCACGUGAAGAGUUGGCUGUCGUAGAGUCUCGCUUUCUUGAGUCGCUCAACGCAGGAGGAAUUGUUUCGGGCAGGCAGCAUGUAGCAUUGGCACCGCUGCCAUCUUCUCUUGCUGUGUCAGUUCGCGGUCGCAAGAUCCUGCCGAACAUAAAGCAUAGUGAGGGAUCACACCAGUCAACGGUGGCUCGCAUGCCACAACCCAAGUCGGAAGAUGCAAGACUGCUGAUACACUUUUUCAGUGAAGCGCAGGAUACGAACUCCGACGAAGAGCCAGAAGCAGAGAAGAAAAUGGAGUCGGAAGCAGAGCCAAGCAGCCUCAGCAUAGACCUGAGCGAUAGACUUGGCAAGAAGCGACCGCUGAUAAGCAAAACGACUGCUGAUGCAAGCAAGCACAGCAAAAUAUCGGAAGAGUAG